AUGGCGAUGGCUUUCAAAAUGGCUACUACUGGGAUGUGGGUAACUGAAGAGUGCAAGAACUCUUUCAUGGAGAUGAAGUGGAAAAAGGUACAUAGAUACAUAGUUUUCAAGAUCGAUGAAAGGUCGAGGCUUGUCACCGUCGAUAAGGUUGGUGGUCCUGGAGAAAACUAUGAUGAUCUUGCUGCUUCUUUGCCUAACGAUGAUUGUAGAUAUGCCGUCUUUGAUUUCGAUUUUGUCACUGUUGAUAACUGCCGCAAAAGCAAGAUCUUCUUCAUUGCAUGGUCACCAACAGCAUCAAGGAUAAGAGCAAAGAUGCUAUACGCAACAUCAAAGGAUGGGCUGAGAAGAGCUUUAGAUGGAAUCUCAUAUGAACUUCAAGCAACUGAUCCAACUGAGAUGGGGUUUGAUGUAAUUCAAGACAGAGCCAAAUAG